AGUCACCAAUAAACUAUUACUACUACUACAAACUACUACUACUACGAGAAAAAAAUACUUCAAAUCCUCCCUUGUACAGUCAAUAAACUAUUACUACUACUACUACUUAUUCUGAAUCUAUAUAUAAGCCCUUGUCAUUGAUUAUUUUAUUCAUAACCUGUUUUCUAGGCGGCUAAACAUACUCAGACAUGGAUACUUAGGAGAAAACAAUAUAAACACGGCAGACACGAACGCGAGAAUCCGUCUUGUGGUGAACGUCAACAAACCUCCUGACCUCCCGGCAUGGCGCGCUCCCUGGCCGUGCGGGGCGCCGGGCUGUGUGUGGCGGCCCUCACGCGCGGUCGCCUUCCCGCCAGGACCUACGCCAUCCUGCCGCGGCCGCAGAGGAGGCUGGUGCAGCGCUGCCUCACGACCACGCCAGGUCUUCAGACUGGCGAGUACGAAUGGCAGGACCCCAAGUCAGAGGAGGAAGUCGUCAACAUAACCUUCAUCGACCGCAGCGGCAAAAAGAUCCCCGUUCGCGGCAAGAUUGGGGACAACGUGAUGUACUUGGCCCACCGCUACGACAUUGAGCUGGAAGGUGCGUGCGAGGCCUCCCUGGCGUGCAGCACUUGUCACGUGUAUGUGGAUAAAGACUACACUGAUUGCCUGUCCGAGCCUGUGGAGGAGGAGGAGGACAUGCUGGACCUCGCUGUCUUCCUCAAGGACAAUUCCAGACUGGGCUGCCAGAUCAUCCUCACCAAAGAGCUUGAUGGCAUGACCCUCACACUGCCUAAGGCCACGCGGAACUUCUACGUCGACGGCCACGUACCCAAGCCCCACUGAGCUGCUGCGCCCACCACAGCUCCACUAACUCGGGUAGUUGUGUAUCAUCACCAGCAGGAAGAGCAAGUGAGGAACAGAAAUUUGGUACAUGGUCUCCUUUACUCGUCUUCCUGUGGUCAAGGGCAGCUAUGUAUAUUCUUCUUUAUUAUAAUUGGUGCCAGCCAACUAUAUAGUCCGUUCACUUAAGUCUGACCUAAGCUGACAACAUAAACCUAAGCGUGUUCGUAAGCACAGUGCAGAUUAGCAGAGAGUGUUGCGUGAGAUAAACACAAACAGAGGUUAAAGAAAACUUGGAAGCCAUAGCAAUAGCCAAUCAGCACUCGGCUUGUAAACACACUUAGGUUUAUGUUGUCAGCCUGGGUUGGACUUAAGUGAACAGACUUUAGUCCCCUAUGCUCUGCCACCCCCUCCCCCAUCACCAACUCCUUGAAGCUCUGCCCCCUCCGUCACCCUCUACCCAGUCUGCCUAGCCCAAACCCCUCUCCCUCAUCCCCUUCCCAGUUCGUGAGCCCGGUCUCCUCUCUCAUCUACCCAUUUCUUAAGCCCUCUCCCCCUCCCUUACCUUCUACCCUAAUCCUUAACUCUUGCCCAUCUACCUCACUCCCUACUUAUUAUCUUACUAUCAACUAUAACUUUGGUCUCAUUUCACAUCAGUUAUUAAGAGAUCAAUAUUUUGUGGUUCAUGUAAUAUUUUUCUACCAGACAGAAGAAUUAACCUUAGCCAAACGGUGAUGACUCCAGGCAGAGGGAAGGGCUUAGGAGACUAGUUGGCUGGUGGUGGCAGCCCUACCUCUGUGUUGUGGGUCCUCCAUCGGGCUGCUCUUGUGGGUGCUGGUGGAAGGGUUUCAUCUCACGCCGUCAUGAGGCGCAAUAUUGAUCUGACGAGACAGAAUGACUCACGGUUUUCCUCAAUGAUUUUUUUUUUAUUUAUUUUUUUUUAUUUUUUUUUU